GGGGUUUGUUCACGGAGUUUGGCUCUAUUUGAAGUGUAGACACUGAAUGUGUGACACUAAAUUUAAUAUGCUGUAAUUAUUUGCUUUCCCUGCACAAUUGUCAGUGUAUAAUUUAGCAGUGCGGUGCACUAUAAUUAUAAUAAUAGUAUAUGAGACUUUGACCUGCAGUAUUCACAUAUGACAUGCGUUUGGGACACGACCUGAAAUGAGAGUCCGGUUGUGGAAACUCGGGAGGGAAACUGUAUCCAUUGCGCAUGUUGUCAACUCCAUAAGAUCUCUUGGCCGAAUCAUGCUCUCCUGUCACUGUGAUUCAUAUCAUCACAGCCUGGUGUGACGUGCCUAAAAAAAGAAAAGGGCUUCUUUGAGUUGCAGUGGGUGGGCCCCAUCCAACCAGCUCAACAACAGUGUUUCACUUCUGCUUCUCUAAGGAAGUUAGAAAGCACAUGACCUGGACCAGCUGAUCAGGUCUCUGCUUGUCUUUUCCUCCUGACAUGGCCACAGAGGCAGGCCACUCACUUAGCUGGAAUAACACAGUAACACAGAUGACAGCGUUUCGUUAGAACCUGGCAACUCCCAUAUGGCUCUCACAGAAGUGCAGAACCCGACUCUAAAACAUGAGAGGAUCAAUAAGGAAACUGGAGAGCUGAGUGCUUCAGGGGAGUUAUCUGUCUCUGUGGAGUUGAAGGUGGAGGGCUCUUGUAUGAAUCCGCAACUCUCUCAAGUGCUCAAGGAACAGCUACAGGAGCUGGGAAUUCACACAGUCUCGAGCCCUGACCACAGAACUGACCAUGUUCCUUUCGAGCAGAAAAGGAAACAUCUGGCCAAAAUCCUGCCGCUCUACAUACAGGUCUGUGAAGAUGGUGGCAGAUUGGAAAGUUUGGACGUAAAGAGACUUGCAGCUCUCACUGCCGACAGUGUCAUUCAUAACAUCCACAGCAGACUGGAAGGAAGACCUGCAGAGGGCGCUCGUCAGGAGGUGGUGCGGUUCUUCCAAAGACCAGAUGAGGACGCAGACUGUGAAAUAAAAGAAAGCCAAGGGUGGCUGCUGUUAAAGUCUCUUUUGCUGCUCACAGCUGACAGCUCAGAUAUAUUGUCCUCGAUAAACCCAGGACUCCCUGCUGCCUUGGUGAAAUGUUUGUACCUGCUCGUGUGCCUUCCAGCUAAAAAGGAAAACAUAGCAAUAGAAGAGACCUUUCAGGAGCCACUAACACAGGUUCUGCUUCAGCUCUGUAGGCAUCCAAACAAUGCGGAGGGACUGGUAGAGACUCAGGAGCUGCAGUGUCUUAUCAUUGGCCUCACAUCACUAUGGGAUCAGUCCAGUGCUUCCUGGAGGCACCAGGCCUCCCGCGUCCUCAAAGCGGUCUCUGCUGUAGCGACAAGCAACACUGUCCCGAGCUUGCUAGGCAAGAACUGUGUGCGGCUCUGCAUCCAGAACUUACUGCACAUCAGUACUGAUGUCUCAGGACCACUGCUAGCUGAGGUGGCCGUGGCUGUGUUUAGCUUCAUCAGAGACACGUACCACCUCAAUCCAACCCUCUUCGCCGAAUUUGACGCCAACAACGGCUACAAGGCCCUUGAGAACAUCCUCAAACGCUGCGAAGAAGGUGUGUCCUUGGAUGAGUUUCAACCUGUGGAGGAGUUGCUCGCUCUCAUUGCCUCUUUCACUCUGCUUGGGAAAACUGAGCUGAAAGUGGCUCUUUGUAUCACUAACCCUCAGCCUCCAGGCUUCAAGUUUGACCCGGCGCUCACCAAAGGUUUAGCUGUAAAGAACCUGCCCGCGUUCCACCUGCUGCAGGCUUCUUUGCUGCGUUCUCAGGAUUCUCUGUUCUGCUGUCAGCUUCUUCGAACACUACAAACAAUAUGGGAGAGGGACCCGGCCAAUUUCUUCCUCUUGGAGUGGUCUGUCCAGUCGAUGGCUCAGCUAGCUCCCUGCGUGUGGCGGAAACCGGUGCCUGCUCAGAAAAUAUUCUUUUCUCUGCUUGAGAUGGUGGUAUUUAAGUUGAACUACAUCCCCCAUGAGACCUUGCGGGCCCUGCUGAGUGUGUUGAAGCAAAGCUGGGCUGGGACAGUGGCUGUUGGAAUGGCAGGGAUAGAAUUUGGAGUGGUGGCGCUCACAUGUUUCCACAGAAUGACUGUGCACAGUGGUAUGCUAGCUGACGUGCUAAGCGACUGGGGUCUGCUGGAGCUUCUGCUUGGGGAACUGCGCAGGAGAGCUAAGAUUCUUAGGAAGGCAGGAGUUGUGUCUUCCUCUAAAAUAAAUUCUCAGCAGGUGACAAGUGUGGAGGACAGUGACAAGCUGCUCACUACCUGUAUGCUUCAAGUUGUGUCAACUCUUACUUUGCGUUCAAUCAAAAACACAGUUUCAGUGCGAGAUCUUGGUAUGGUUCCUUAUAUAAAGAUCUUCUUGGAUGAGGAUCAGUAUCGAGGUCCGGCUCUGAGCAUUUUGGAGCAGCUAGCAGAAAUUAACCCUGAAGAAUUCAUGAGCACAGCUAUUGGAGCGCUCUGCUCCUCCACGCAGCAAGAGCUUGGGUUGAAGCUGGACCUUUUGCAGUCUGUGCUGAGGGUGCUGGAGAGCCCCAACAGUUGGGACGCCUUCAGAAGGGCGGGGGGCUUCACCGGACUGCUCUCCCUGGUGAUUGACAUGGAAGGAGCUCUGUCUGACCACCCAAAGGGACAAGUUUGGACGUUCUUGGGGCAUCAACCACUGCUGGACCUCCUCCUCCUCACUCUGCACAUCCUGGCCUUGGCGGUGCAUCUUCACACAGUAAAUGCACAUCAUUUUGAGACUGGUGGCUUCUAUGAAAGGCUGGCCGAGGCUCUGCUCCACCUGGGCUGCUUCCACACUGUGAGCCUUGAUAGAGAAAUGUGGGAUGGAGAGUGCUUUGGACCCAAGAGUCUGCAGGACAGUCCUUCCGGAAAGAGCUUCCACCAGUUUGUUGAGUUAGCAGAAGCUCCCAAAGCUCCCCCUGCUCCCACCUCCACACAAUGUCCUGUUUUGCCCGUCACACUUCGGACGUGCUUAAGGCUGCUCUCCUAUCUCGACCAGUUCGCCACAGGGACCUUCUCCUCUCAGGAGUUAAACAUGGGACUGGAGCCUGAGGAACGGUGUGAUGGAGAUAAAGAUAAACUAAAUAGACCAGCGGGGUAUGAAGGAGUGCAUUCAGGAUCUCCUCUUCUCCACUCGGGUUCAGGCCCACCUUCCAUGGAGGACAAACUAGGAAACUCCAGAAAUAGAGGACUCAGUAGCUCCACAUUCUGCUCAGAGUUUCAGUACAGUAGAUUCACCUUUGAUCCGAUUAUUCUUCAUCCAGGAGCGAUCCGAGUGAUGAUGACUCUCCUUCCAUCCGUCUUUACUCCAGAGGACCCUCAGCUGUCUAUGGAGGUCCAGUUCUCACUGGCACACCACAUCCAGGGUUUGGUGAAAUCUGAGCGAAACCGCCAGAUCAUGUGCGAAGGGCGGCUGGUCUCUACACUACUGGCUCAAUGUCAGAGCAUACUGCUGUCACCAAAUCACCCGCUACAUCUACCGGUUACACGAAUCUUGGAGAAGCUCUCUUCUCAAGCCAUCACACAUUUAGACUUCAGAAAGUUCCUUUGUUUAGGGGAUCCUCUCAUGUGCUUGUUAGAUAAAACAGUCAAGCAGCUCGAAUGCGACCCACAAGUCAAAGCACCUUUUUCAAAUGGUCAGAGUACACACACAGAUGCCGGAUCUUCACAGAGGACACUGAAACGCACCUUCAGCUUGUUACGGUCCACAGCCUCUCUCGGUUCUGCCAUCCCUGUCCACCAGAUCAUCAGUCUGGUCUCCAUGACGUCGCCACGCACCUUCAGACCACACAGGCUCUCCUCCUCGCCUGCAUUUGUAGAGUUUGACAUGAGUGAGAGUGGAUAUGGCUGUCUUUUCCUGCCCUCUCUGGCCACAGUAAAAGGAGUCGCUGCUGAUUCCAUCUCCACAGGUGGAAUCGGAGGAGACUGCAGAGGUUUUCCACCUGCAGCUGGUCUCUCGUUUUCCUGCUGGUUCCAGAUCAACAGAUUCAGUUCAGCCUGUGAUUCCCACCCAAUCCGUCUACUGUCCGUGGUCCGCCACAUGUCCCGGACUGAACAACAGUACAUUUGUCUGUCAAUCUCCUUCUCGGCCUACGACGGAUGUCUGGUUAUCUCCACUGAGGAGGAAGCAUUUACAUAUCUGGAUAUGAUGGAGCCAGAAGUUUGCACUCCCACUUCUUUGACUGCAUCGCUGAGGUUCCGGUGCUCCAGCAUUCUGGUCCCUGGCCAAUGGCACCACCUGGUUGUAGUCAUGGCCAAAGAUGUGAAGAAGAGCUGUCUGACCUCGGCCUACUUCAACGGCAAGGCAGUGGGGACAGGAAAGAUGAAGUAUAUUCAGCCGUUCCCUGGUCAGUAUGUAUCCAUGGACCCCACGGCGGUGAUUGAUGUGUAUGGGCUGAUAGGGACACCUGCUCCCUGGAAGGAGCAUGCUGCUCUAGUGUGGCGAGUGGGUCCUUCUUACCUUUUUGAAGAGGCUUUGAGCCCUGAGGCUGUGGGUGUUAUGUACACCCAGGGCACCACGUACCUGGGAAACUUUCUGGCUCUGCACAACACAGACACCGAGUCUGUCCCUCUCAGGCUGGUUCCUGAGGAGAGGAUCUCGUUUGGCAUCAACCCAGCAAUUUCUACAUUAACAACUGUUGCACAAAUCAGAGAAGAUUACAAUGAAGUUGAUUGCAGACUGAUUGCCAAAGAGAUGGGGAUAGCGUCUCGGGAUCACUCCACCCCUGUAUUCCUUGCACGAAACAUCAGCCAGCACCUGAGUGGUACCGCCCGCACCAUAGGAGCAGCGCUGGUUGGACGUUUUGGUGUGCGUACAUUCAACCCCAGCUCUGCAUCCAAUGGCUUUCUGUUUGUCGGUGGGCCUGCCGUUGUUCUCAGUCUAGUUGCAAUGGCGCCGGACGAUGGCUCUUUGUAUGCGGCUGUGAAAGUUCUUCUUUCAGUGCUCGAGACCAACCCUGCCAUGCAGCAAGAAAUGAACCGCAUCAAUGGAUACAAGCUUCUAGCUUUCCUGCUCAAGAUGAAGAGCAGCCUGGUGAGCCACCGAACCUUUCAGCUGCUACAGUGUCUCUGGAGCUCAGUGGAGCUGAGCUCUGGAGCUGGUUGUCUACAGAACACGUCUGCUUUUCAAGCUCUGCUUUGUGACCUGGAGGUGUGGCAGAACACAUCAGACCAUCUGGACCUUUCGGUUCUCAACUACUUUGCUGAAAUCCUGAAAUCCUCCAAUGACAGCAGUGAUGCAACGGCCAUGCACAGAAUGGGCCUGCUACCGAAGCUGCUAUUUGAAUUUUCUGAUCUGACUGUGACCUUUGAGAAAGUUAAGAUUAUUUCUUGCAUCGUCACAUCCCUACUUAAGGCUUACUUCAGCCCGGUGGACAUAAGCAGACUUGGACUCUUCCUGGUCUACACACUCCCUCCAUCUGGUAACGUGACUGAAGGCAGUGAGAUAUAUGACGGUGAUCUUUCGCUGGAUUUGUUAGCUCAGAGUUGUGGUCCAGCCAACCUCAUCUGGAAACGCAAUCAGAUGCUACAUGUGCUUUGUGAAAUCCUCAGCUCAGACAGCCUUCUAACCACAGACCAGCGAAAUACGGUGCUGGAUUCCCUGGGCAGUGACUGGUUCCUGCUCUUCCUUCAGCCUCACCUUCACCCUUCCACCUUAAAACUGGGUCUCAUCCUGCUCACGCAUUUCUUAUUGAGUCCCAGUCAGCAGAGCAGCUUCAGAGAUGGGGUGCUCCCAGGAUCGCUAAUAGAGAGCAUGGAGGAACCGUUCGCUGUCAUGGACAACCUUCGAGCUCAUUCUUGGUCUUACGAGUGCCGCAGCACCACCUGUCCAGGCUUUGAUGUCCUGCGAGGGCUGCUGAUCAGACACACCCACCUGCCUCAGGUGUAUGAAGCUCUGGCUGCUCUGCUGCUGGGGAAGACAAUCAGUCACACAACAGAGGCAAAGGUGCAUCUGGAUGAUAUGCUUCAGUCAUUCAUCGACGGCCAAACAGAUUCUCCUGCUCAGCAGCUCUGUGUAGAAGCUGCCACGAUACUGCUGGACUUGGUCAAAGUUGUCAUCACGCAGCCUGUUUCUCCAACUAAGCACGUGUCAGACUCUGACGUGUCAUGGGACGUGCAGCUCCCAGCAAGUGUGAUGCAGUUCCUUUGUCUCCUCCAUAACCUCCGCCCAAGAGAUCCACUGUGGGCAUCACCCACGUUCCUACAUGCACUCGCUGGUGUUGUGUACCCUCGGGACGUUUCAAAGUGCAUCGGGGAGCCUUGCAUAAAAAGCGAAGGUGUGGACAAGAGUCAUCCAAGCAGGAAGCCGGUGUUGGACUUCAUGCGUAUUCUCCUAAUGGACAGUCUUCUUAAUGUGUCUGCUAACUCCAACACGCAUCCUUUUAUUCUGCUGCUGGAGUUUUCCCCUGAUGGUGCAUCACUGGAGCAGAAGCAGAGUUUCCAGACAGAGCUGCUGGAGUUGGUUAUGAACAUCAUCCACAUGCUCAACUAUGAAGACGACAGCUGCACCCAUCUCAUCUCACAAGACUCAAAGGAUCAAACGCCUGAAGGACAGAUGGUGACGUUGAUGGAGAAUGUGGUGCUUUUCAGUGAAAAUGUGCUGCACAAACUGUACGGUGGAACGUUCCUGGGAGACUCUGAGAGUUUGCUCAAUUUCUUCGCAGAUCAGAUUGUGGUGGCUCUGGAGAAAGGACAAAGUCAGAAAGAGAAGACGUUGUCUUCCCUGUACUCCUGCACCAACAAAGUCCUGCUUUAUUUCUUGUCUCAACCGCGACAUUCCCAAGAAGAAAAAGAAGCGGUCAUUAGGGCAUUACAAACCUUCAUGAAACGAUGGGACGUUGCCAUGGCAACUUACAAUGCAAAUGUGAACUUCAUUACUUGCCUCCUGCACUGUCUGUUACUGAUACGGUCUGGCAGCUACCCUGAAGGUUUUGGAUGUGUGACCAAGCAAACGUCGCCCGGUCUGCUGCCUGCCAAAACCAGACAUUCAUCAUUUCUCGCCAAUGGAGCGGACAUCACGACAGAGGAAAGACAGCUUGUGUCCCUAGCAGAGGCCUGCUGGUCAAAGGUCCUGCUAGAGAGACAGCAUAUGCUUGAAGAAAACUGUAAGAUGGAGAUCUCAGUGUGCCACAAAGCUGAGGCGGGGCCUGCUAGCAUGACUAGCGUCAGUCCUCUAUGGGAGGAGAUGGCGCACAAAGCCUGGCUGCUACACACAGACUGUCAGAAGAGGAAGGUGGCCAGCAGCUCUCAGAAGAAGUUUGAUAUGAUCAGCAGCGUUCUUCGUGCAGCUUUGGGCAAACCAGACCAACACUCGGUAACCGUGGAGGAGUUUCUGUCCUACAUGGAGUCACAUCGACAGAGGGGCCACAGCAUGUUUGAGAACAUGCAGACAAACAAUUUACAGUUACGAGCUAGCGAGUGGGAAAGUGUGAGCGCCAUGUGGCUGCGUGUGGAGGCCGAGCUGCUGAGGGAGAGAGCUGUGUUCGGCCCCGGCCCAGGGGUGGUGUUGAGCCGAGACUGGGUGCAAGACGCCGCAGAAGGACCCAACCGCACCAGAUCACGCAUCCGCAGAAAGGCUCUGAGACGAUCCAAACGGGUGCUAGGUACAAUGUGUCUCGGUUUAAGGUCUGGUAUUCCUGAAGAAAACAAAAAUAAAACGGAUGAUGAAACGGAGCCCAAGAUCUUGUGUGAAGUUGGCGCAGAGGCUAAGGAAGAUGAAGACGAUGAAGGGCAGUCUUGUGACCGUCUGACUUUCUUCCCGAUUCUGAAUGAGACGCCUGCUGUCGCUGAGGGUCUUCCCGAAUCCUCCGCCCCUGAACCCUGCUCCCACACACAAGACUGCCCCGACAUACGCGUCAUCCUGCAGGAGCUGCACCCUGGAGAGGAGGUAAAGGCCAAGAUGUGUGUAGUGAUGGUGAGCGGCCUCAGAGUCACAGAGGGUUUGCUGCUGUUUGGGAAGGAGAGCCUGCUGUUCUGCGAAGGAUUCACUCUCGGUCCUAACGGUGAUGUUUGCUGCAGGAAACACCAUCCCAGCAGUGUGAGAGAUUCCUUUAUUUCCACCAUGCUGAGUAAAGAGCUGCCACCCGCCAGAUGCAGACGCUCUCUCUACGAGGAUAUCAAGGAGGCUCGGUUCAUGCGUUUCCUUUUAGAGGACAAUGCCAUGGAGAUUUUCAUGAAAAAUGGACACUCAACCUUCCUGGUAUUUCUGAACAAAGAUCAUGUCUCUGCAUAUAAAAGGUUGACCACUGUCGUGCCAGCAUUAAAAGGCAGAGGGGUUGCUGAGGUCAUCGCUAAUGCAAAAAAGACUCCUGUGGUUGAAAAGACAGCCCUUGUUAAAUGGCAGAAAGGGGAGAUAAGUAACUUCGAGUACCUGAUGCAUUUGAACACCAUCGCUGGGAGGACGUACAAUGACUUGAUGCAGUAUCCAGUUUUCCCCUGGGUCUUGGCUGACUAUCAGUCAGAGACGCUUGACCUGUCCAGUCCUGCGACUUUCCGUGAUUUGUCCAAGCCGAUGGGAGCUCAGACGGAGAAGAGGAAACAGAUGUUCAUCCAAAGAUAUGAAGAAGUGGAGAAUGAGGGCGAAGACCUGUCAGCCCGAUGCCACUACUGUACACACUACUCCUCAGCCAUCAUUGUGGCCUCCUUCCUGGUCAGGAUGGAGCCAUUUUCACACACCUUCCAGACACUGCAGGGAGGGUUUGAUAUCCCAGAGAGGAUGUUCUACAGCAUAAAGAAGGAGUGGGAGUCUGCUUCCAAAGACAACAUGGGAGACGUCAGAGAGCUGAUCCCAGAGUUCUUCUAUCUGCCCGACUUCCUGCUCAACUCCAACCACAUCCAGCUGGGACGUAUGGAGGAUGGUACUGCUCUGGGAGAUGUCGAGCUGCCUCCGUGGGCGAAAGGUGACCCCCAGGAGUUCAUUAGAGUCCAUCGAGAGGCCCUGGAAAGCGAAUACGUGAACUCCCACAUCCACCUGUGGAUCGACCUUAUUUUUGGAUUCCGACAACAAGGUCCGGCUGCCGUGGAAAGUGUGAACACGUUCCACCCUUACUUCUACGCCCAGAGUAGCCGACAGCAUGCUAAGGACCCUGUCAUCAAGAGCACGAUCUUGGGAUAUGUCAGCAACUUUGGGCAGGUUCCCAAACAGCUCUUCACCAAGCCCCAUCCGCCUCGCAGUGGCUCUAAGAAAGAAGGGUCACCGCCAUCCCACCCGACUCCAUUUUUUUUCAGACUGGAUAAACUGAAGUCUACUGCACAGCCAUUCAGAGAGCUGCAGAGAGGCCCGGUCGGUCAGAUUCUGUGCCUGGAGAAAGAGGUCCUGGUCCUGGAGAGAAACCGGCUCCUCCUGUCCCCUCAGAUGGGCUGCUUCUUCAGCUGGGGAUUCCCGGACAACAGCUGUGCCUUUGGGAACUAUGCCAAAGAAAAGAUCUUUGCAGUGUGUGAGAGUUUGUGCGACUGGGGCGAGACGUUGUGCGCCGCCUGCCCCAACCCUACGACCAUCGUCACCGCAGGGAGCAGCACUGUGGUUUGUGUGUGGGACGUCGCAGUCACCAAGGACAAACUCACCCACAUGAAACUCAGACAGCCGUUGUACGGUCACACAGACGCAGUGACGUGCCUGGCUGUGUCUGAGGUCCACAGCGUAAUGGUGAGUGGCUCCCGUGACCUCACCUGCAUCCUGUGGGACUUGGAGGAGUUGAGUUACAUCACCCAGUUAGUGGGACACACAACCAGCGUCUCUGCACUGACUAUCAACGAAGUGACUGGAGACAUUGUGUCAUGUUCGGGACCUCUGCUGUACCUGUGGACCAUGAAGGGCCAGCUGGUGGCCUGCACUGACACUUCCUGCGGCCCUCAGGCUGACAUCCUGUGUGUUCGCUUCACACAGUGGCACGUGUGGGACAACAGGAACGUUGUUGUCACGGGCUGCGCGGACGGCAUCAUACGGAUAUGGAGGACAGAGUACACCAAAACACAAUUACCUGGCCCUCCAGAAGAGCCCGUGUCCCCAGGGCAAGACCAAGCAGAGAGAGACGUGAGCAGCUCAUGUCGGGUUAAAAGCUGGGAGAGACGUCUGGUGUUAUGUCAAGAGCUGAACAGAAACCAGUAUGUGUCACAACGCCGCGCCAAAAAUAAUCCAGCCAUCACAGCACUGGCCAUGUCCAGGACUCAUGCCACUCUUUUGGCAGGAGAUGCCUGGGGCAGAGUUUUCACCUGGGUCUGUGAGUGAGAGGGGCAGAGUUUGAGCACAAAUCAUACCUCUAGACACUAUUUCAGUCCUUACUUUAUCCUCUGACAGAUGCUCAGUCCUAACUGAGCUAAACAGCAAGGCGUGCUUUAAUUCAGCACAUUUGUCUGGACAUUCACAGAAGAACAAUGUUACAAUAUUUGGUACAUUCAAAGUACAAUAUUUACCUCCUACAUGAAUAUUUAAUUCUGUACUCUUGUGUAAAUAAUGAAUUUGAACACACUUGAAUAAAAUUAUUGAUAUUUGCCUAAAUCCUGCCCUGUGACUCUCCUUUAAUUAUAACUGGGAACUUAGUCGGUCAAGAUUUGAUCUAAAGCCACUGAGGGGAACUAAAGGUGAACAGGAGACUGGCUUAAAGUUGAAUAAACUACUGAAUGAGAGGAAAACAUUCAUUUGUACAGCCAUUUAAAGUGAAAGCAAGAGUAAAUCGUGAGAAGCAUGCAAACUCAGCCAACGUUUCCUUUACAGCUUUUGAUAAUAUUACAGAGUUUAUUUCCCUGGAUGUGCACACCAUGCAUCCACUAUCGUAAAGCAUAUGGCAUGUACACAUGUCAGCAUACUAUGCUGUGAGGACUGUAAUGUUUGGCUUUGGUGAAUGUUUGUGGCGUGGACAACCCAGGAUGUUUAGUUAGAUGUGAAUCGUUUAUAGGCCUUUGUUGUUUGUCACAAUGUGUUUUCAAUUUGCUUUGUAAUGUGGCAUUGAGUGCUUUCUUGUACCAUAAUCGUCCCUCAGUUUAAUGUGAUCAUGUAAAUUAUGUGUGUUGUGGGUGAUGUAAAAUGUUUUUGUGUUUGUUGAGGUAUUUUUUCUGCUUAUAACAGUUUUGUUUUGUUUUUUUGCAUGUGUUUAUGGUUACCUGAGGAGAGAGAUGCCAUUUUAGCAACACAGUGUUCAGUGUGUAAUCACUGACAUAAAUUAUAGACACUCUUAAAAUAGUGCACACACCUUAUAAUAAAUAAUGCUAUAUUGUGGAAA